AUGAGCCAAGCAGAGAUGGUCCCUAAACUCUACUGGGCUGUGUCAUCGUGCUCUGCAUAUGAACGAGACAACAAGAUACGUGUGGCCAUUAAGAAGAUCAGCCCUUUUGAGCACCAGACCUACUGCCAACGCACCCUGAGAGAGAUCAAAAUCCUUCUGCGCUUUAAACACGAAAACAUCAUCAGCAUCAACGACAUCAUCCGCACACCUACCAUUGACCAGAUGAAGGACGUGUACAUUGUCCAGGAUCUAAUGGAGACCGACCUGUACAAGCUCCUUAAGACUCAGCACCUGAGCAACGACCACAUCUGCUACUUCCUCUACCAGAUCCUAAGAGGGCUGAAGUACAUCCACUCUGCCAACGUCCUGCACCGUGACCUGAAGCCCUCCAACCUUCUGCUCAACACCACCUGUGAUCUCAAGAUCUGUGACUUUGGUUUGGCACGUGUGGCUGAUCCUGACCACGAUCAUACUGGGUUCCUAACAGAGUAUGUAGCCACUCGUUGGUACAGAGCACCUGAGAUCAUGCUCAACUCCAAGGGCUACACUAAGUCCAUAGACAUCUGGUCAGUGGGCUGCAUUCUGGCCGAGAUGUUGUCCAACAGGCCAAUCUUUCCUGGGAAGCACUACUUGGAUCAGCUCAACCAUAUUUUGGGAAUCCUGGGCUCUCCCUCUCAGGAGGAUCUCAACUGCAUCAUCAACAUUAAGGCCAGGAACUAUCUUUUGUCGCUGCCUUUACGCUGCAAAGUGCCGUGGAACCGCCUCUUCCCCAACGCUGAUCCCAAAGCUCUGGACCUGUUGGACAAGAUGUUGACCUUUAACCCUCACAAGAGGAUCGAGGUGGAGGAGGCCCUGGCGCACCCUUACCUGGAGCAGUAUUACGACCCAACAGAUGAGCCUGUUGCAGAGGCCCCAUUCAAGUUUGACAUGGAGCUGGAUGACCUACCCAAAGAGACACUGAAGGAUCUCAUCUUUCAAGAAACUGCACGUUUCCAGCUCGCAUUUAGGUCCUAACAUCUCAAACAGGUGAGUCUACAUUCCAUGCAAUCAAGUUUAU